AUGACCGCGGCUCCAAUUGCGCCCGUGUGGCGACUAGGGAUUAUCUUCUUGUUAAUUUCGUCCAACGUGGCCGUGGAUGUGUGUCGGAAUAAAUACCAGAUGCAGAAACCGAACGACUUCCGAUUGUACACAUGCGCGUGGUGUUACUUCUUCUUGUUCCAGUCUAAAAUUUUACUACCUAACUUGACCUCAUUCUAUUUAACUGCUAACGUCAACGGAUCUCUGUUUGCUAAAGGUGAUGUGCUACUCCCCGAUUUAAAUAACGAUACCAUGACGGCUAUAAUCUGUUCGACCUUGACCUCUGCGCAGUGUGACAGAUGGAAAAUGUGCUGUUUCGCCGCGGAGGAAUGUUGCACGGCGCAGACUGAUACCCCUCGAAGCCAGAACGGGACGUGUAAACGGACGUGGGAUGGUUACGGAUGUUGGGAGGAUACAUCUCCAGGAACACUGAGUCAGCUCAGUUGUCCAAGCUUCCUUCAGUACUCCGUACCAACAAGGUUUGCCUUGAAGACAUGUCUUGCUAACGGAACCUGGCUGAAGAUAAACGGACAGGAGUGGACGGACUACACACCUUGUCUGGACAAACAGAGUCUGGUCACUUCCAUUUACCUGAGUCUCGGCUGCAAUUUAAUUAGUAUUUUCCUCCUAGUUCCAGCGCUCACAAUUUUCUUGGUAUAUAGGUCAUUACGUCGGCAACAUCGCAUUCGACUUCAUAUGAACUUCUUCUUCUCUUUCAUCAGUAGUGACAUCAUGAAUAUAUUAUGGGACAUGUUCGUAACUUAUGACAGAAUCACUAGUGAUAAUCCUUCAUCUACGGUGCUUUAUCAAAACGUGGCAGGAUGUAAAUUUCUCUCGUUUUUCCGCCUCUACUUCAAGAGCACCAACUAUUUGUGGAUGUUCUGUGAGGGUUUCUACCUUCACCGUCUCAUCAGUAACGCUUUCAAACCUCCCAAGUCAUUGAAAUACAUCUACCUGGGAGGCUGGGGUAUUCCUCUGAUUUAUACAGCAAUAUACGGUAUAUUCCGCAUAGUGUGGGCAAACGAAAGCUGUUGGGCGAAGAGUUUUGGCAAUUAUGAGUGGAUUAUGUACAUUCCCAAUCUGAUGUGCCUUGUUAUGAAUUUAUUUUUCUUAUGCAAUAUUCUUCGGAUUUUGUUAACACAACUACAGAGUCAUCCGAACGAACCAAGUAACUUUAGGCGAGCUCUGAAGGCGACGUUUGUACUGAUACCGCUGUUUGGGGUCCAGCUGUUUGUGACGUUGUAUCGAAUACCCACGGGUACAGUCGGCGCCACGGAGUACGAGAUGUUCACAGUGCUUGUUAUUAACUCACAGGGAUUUUUCGUUGCUUUAAUAUUUUGCUUUUUUAACGGAGAGGUCAUCUCUCAGUUACAAAGAACGUGCACCCGACUGAGACUAAUACGCUCGUUAGUCGACAGUCAACGGGGCCAAACCACGCUGACGAGCUUUAGCGUCACACAGACGGCCCACCGCGACGAGAACGGCACCUACGUGUACAGUGACAGCCCCUACUCUAGUCCGGUGAUGUCGGCCAAGAAGAAGAAGAGUGACAGCAUCGAGAUGUACGACACCAAGUACGGCUACAGCCAGGUUUCUCCCUCGAACAUCGACGACAACAAUGAGUGCGCUAACCUGUAGAGAGUGUCACGUCAGUGUCUGGUCGUUUCCUCUCAGUCGUGAAAUCGUGGGAGUGGCAGUCCUCCUGAAACCAAUGUAGGGAGGGCAUCGUUCUGUAGGAGUGGCAGUCCUUUCUGAAUCAACGUAGGAGACAUGUAUUGUUCUAGGGAGUGGCAGUCCUCUUUAUACCAAUGUAGGAGAUUCUGCUGCGAGUGGCAGUCCAAUGUAGGAGAGGUAUUGUUCUAGAGAGGGCAGUCCUCCUUAAACCAAUGUAGGAGGUUCUCCUUGGAGUGGCAGUCCUAUUUAAACCAAAGUAGGAAAGAUAUAUUGUUUUGGGAAGAGGAACUCCCUUGUAAAGACAAUAUAGAUGUUCUGUUCUAGGCAGUAGCAGUCCACCUAAAACAAUAUAGGGAGGGUGUAUUGUCCUGGAAAGUGGGGGUCCUUUUAAAGACGGUAUAGGAGACAUGUAUUGUUCAUAGUGUGGCAGUCCUCCUAAAGACAAUACAGGAAGGAUGUUAUGUUUUGCGAAGUGGAAUUUCUUUUUAAAGACAAUAUAUAAGAGAUGUAUUGUUUUGGGGUGGCAGUCUUCCUAAAGACAAUAUAAGAAGGGUGUAUUGUACUGGGAAGUGGAAGUCCUUUAAUGACAAUAUAGGAAAUGGCAUGGAGUAUCCUUCUGGGGAGUGGCAGUCAUAAAGACGUAAGUAGGAAGAAUGUAUCGCCUUGAGGAGGAGUGGCUGUCCUCCUAUAGAACAUGCGUCUAACACGGACUCGUGGAAGCACACCAUUAUGACAUUGUCAUCGCUUGGACUAUUUUAAGUUGUAUACAAAUACAAAAUGAAUUUGUUCAUUGAUUUGUCGUUCACAUUUGCCUGAUCCAGUCUGUAGAUGGUUUGUCACAAUGCCCCCAAGACAUGUCAUCCCAAACAUGAGAUCUACUCAGUGCUAAACUGUGGGUGUUGGUUACGUGGAUCACAGUAUACGUACAUAUACUUCCCCAGGUGCAGUGUCUUCUGUGAACGUUUUAACAUUUCAUUUUCAUUUUGUUUUGUUGUUGUUGUUGUUGUUUGUUUGUUGGGGUUGUUUUGUUGGGGGUUUAUGAGGGUGAG